AUAUUCACACACCCACGUGUUUAUUCUCUGCAUAUAUACAUAACAUAUCCCUCAAAAAGAAUAACAUAUCCCUGAAAAUUCACAAAUCAUAUACACAUACUCAUCAUGAUUCUCUCUAGCUGGCAAAUUAUGUUCAUUAUUCUCUCAGUCCUUCCAACACUCUCAUGGUCACAAGCUGAAUCACAAGCUUUGUUAAAAUGGAAAAAUAGCUUUGAUAACCAAAGUCAAACACUCUUAUCAACUUGGAAAAAUACCACAAAUCCAUGCAAAUGGCAAGGAAUUACCUGUGAUAAAAAAUCCAAUUCCAUUUCUACCAUAAACCUUGAAAACUUUGGACUAAAAGGUACACUUCACUCUCUUCCAUUUUCUUCAUUCCCAAACCUUAUAACCAUAAAUAUCUACAAUAACCACUUUUAUGGAACUAUUCCACCACAAAUAGGUAACAUGUCAAAAAUAAAUGUGUUGAAUUUUUCUUUAAACCCUUUUGAUGGUUCCAUUCCACAAGAAAUGUGCACAUUAAAAAGUUUACAAAAGCUUGAUCUUUCUCAAUGUAAACUAAGUGGAUCAAUUCCUAGUUCAAUAGGAAAUUUAUCCAAUUUAUUAUUUCUAGAUUUAGGUACCAACAAUUUUUCUGGUGGUCCUAUUCCUCCUGAGAUUGGAAAAUUGAACAAAUUAGGGUUUCUAGCAAUUCCAAAAAGUAAAUUAAUUGGUUCAAUUCCACAAGAAAUUGGUUUCUUGAGAAAUCUUAUUUAUCUUGAUUUAACAAGAAAUUCUUUAACUGGUGUUAUACCUGAAACUAUAGGUAAUUUGAGCAAAUUAGAUACACUUAUACUUUCUAAUAACACCAAAAUUUCAGGACCAAUUCCACACUCUUUGUGGAAUUUGUCUAGCUUGAGAUUGAUCUACUUUAACAACAUGAGUCUUUCUGGAUCAAUUCCUGAUUCUAUACAAAACUUGGUUAAUUUGGAUACUCUUGCACUUGAUAUUAAUCACCUUUCUGGAACCAUUCCUUCUACAAUUGGAAAGUUGAAAAAACUAUAUUCUUUGUAUUUGGGAACAAAUCGUUUUUCUGGAUCGAUUCCGGAUUCUAUAGGAGAUUUGAUAAAUUUGGAAGACUUUAGUGUCCAAGAAAACAAUCUUUCAGGAACUAUUCCAGCUUCAAUUGGAGAUUUGAAGUGGCUCAAUGUGUUUGAAGUAGCUACUAAUAAACUUCAUGGUAGAAUUCCAGUUGGACUUUAUAACAUUACUAAUUGGUAUUCCUUUGUUGUGUCUGAGAAUCAAUUAGUUGGUCAUUUGCCGCCGAAAAUAUGUUCUGGUGGACAAUUAAGGUACUUGAAUGCUGAUCAAAACCAUUUCACGGGUCCAGUACCAACAAGUUUGAAACACUGUGAUACCAUUGAAAGAAUCAGAAUUGAGGGAAAUUUAAUAGAAGGUGAUAUAGCACAAGAUUUUGGUGUAUAUCCGAAUUUACGAUACCUUGAUCUGAGUGACAAUAAGUUUCAUGGCCAAAUUUCAUCUAACUGGGGGAAGUCUCUUGAUCUUGAUACUUUCAAGAUAUCCAACAACAAUGUUUCUGGUGGUAUACCAUUGGAUUUUAUUGGUUUAACCAAGCUAGGUAGACUUCAUCUUUCUUCGAAUCAAUUGACCGGGAAACUUCCGAAGGAAUUAGGAGACAUAAAAUCAUUAGUGGAACUUAAGAUAAGUAACAAUCAUUUUACAGAUAACAUUCCAACAGAAUUUGGAUUGCUGCCAAUACUUAAUGAGUUGGAUCUCGGAGGAAACGAGUUGAGUGGAACGAUACCGAUGGAAGUUGCAAAGCUACCAAGGUUACGAAGAUUGAAUUUGAGCAGAAACAAAUUCGUAGGAAGUAUUCCCGUGCAGUUUGGUUCAGAUUUGGAAUCACUUGAUCUUAGUGGAAAUUUUUUGAAUGGAAAAAUACCAACAACCCUUGAAAACUUGAUGCAGUUGUCAAUGCUGAAUCUCUCACACAAUAUGCUUGCAGGAACCAUUCCUCAAAAUUUUGAAAGGAGUUUGGUUUUUGUUAAUAUAUCAGACAACCGGUUAGAAGGGCCACUUCCGAAAAUUCCAGCUUUUCUUAAUGCUCCGUUUGAAUCACUCAAAAAUAACAAAGGCUUAUGUGGAAAUAUCACAGGUUUGGUUCGUUGUGCAACAAACCAUAGUAACAAGAGCAAAAAUGUCCUCCGAUCAGUAUUCAUUGCGUUAGCAGCUCUAAUAUUUGUGUUGUGCAUGGUUGGAAUUUCAAUGUAUAUUUUGCGUCGAAGACAAAAACCAAAGGAAGAAAGCCAAACUGUAGAAGAAGCACAAAAAGGAGUACUCUUUUCAAUUUGGAGUCAUGAUGGAAAAAUGAUGUUUGAAAAUAUAAUUGAAGCUACUGAGAAUUUUGAUGAUAAAUAUCUCAUUGGAGUUGGAAGUCAAGGAAAUGUCUACAAGGCAGAGUUGUCUGCAGGUACGGUUGUAGCUGUUAAGAAGCUUCAUUUAGUAACAGAUGAAGAAAUGUCAACUUUCAGUUCAAAGUCUUUUAAGAGUGAGAUUGAAACCUUGGCAGAAAUCAAACACAGGAACAUCAUUAAACUUAUUGGAUUUUGCUCACAUUCUAAGUUCUCAUUUUUGGUUUACAACUUCUUGGAAGGUGGAAGCUUAGAUCAUAUCCUAAACAAUGACACACAAGCCACUGCGUUUGAUUGGGAAAAGAGAGUGAAUGUUGUUAAAGGUGUGACCAAUGCUUUGUCCUACUUGCAUCAUGAUUGCUCACCUCCAAUUAUUCACCGCGACAUAUCAAGCAAGAAUGUCCUUCUUAAUCUUGAUUAUGAAGCUCACGUCUCCGACUUCGGGACAGCAAAGUUUCUAAAGCCUGGUUUACUUAGUUGGACCCAAUUUGCAGGCACUUUUGGAUAUGCAGCACCAGAGUUAGCACAAACAAUGGAAGUGAAUGAGAAAUGUGAUGUAUACAGCUUUGGAGUACUUGCAUUAGAAAUCAUAAUGGGAAAACAUCCGGGAGAUCUCAUUUCAUUAUUUUUGUCACCAUCUACAAGGCCAAUGGCUAAUGAUAUGUUGCUGAUGGAUGUUUUAGAUGAACGACCUCAACAAGUUAUGAAACCGAUUGAUGAGGAGGUUAUCUUGAUUACAAAGUUGGCAUUUGCUUGCUUGAGGCAAAAUCCAUGUUCUCGUCCAACAAUGGAACAAGUAUCUAAGAUGCUUGCAGCAGAAAAAUCACCUUUGGAGACUCAACUUUGCAUGAUCAGACUAGGACAACUUCAAUAAGUCAUUGAAAAACUCUAUUGUAUAUAUAAUAACAUCCUUAUCUUUUUCUUGUGUCUUAUUAAUAUUAAUAGAGUAGUCACCCCUUAAGUUAGUGACACUGAUAAAUGAUUGUAUUCUGUUAGAAUUUGUUAGAUAUCUUGCUAGCUAGGGUUCUGAGCUGGCUUAGGUGUGACUGCUUUCAUCAGUUGUAAGCUCCUCUAUAUAAAGAGAGCACUUGUUGUAUUAAAUAAAGUUGCACAAUUCAGUUUCUGAAA